AUGCACAAGCUUCUCCUGGCUCUGACCCUUGGGGUGUUGCUGUCAGAGAUGAGGCUGGCAAGCGAGGCCAGGACACCCCCGUAUGGCGUUAAGCUGUGCGGCCGUGAGUUCAUCCGCGCAGUCAUCUUCACAUGUGGAGGAUCCCGCUGGAGACGGGCAGGAAAUGUCGGUGCUCUCUCUGGAGGAGAUUCUGCAGAAGCCUUUGUCGCAACUUCCUCAUCCAGCGAAUGGGAUCCAGUCCGUGCCCCUGCAAAGGAGCCGUCUAACUAUUAUGGGAACUGGCUGGGCCAGCAGAGCCACAGUCCUUCAGAAGAAACCUGGGCUUUGGAUCGGGGAGCUCGAGACGUUAUGGUGGGGUUGAGCAAUGCCUGCUGUAAGUGGGGCUGCAGCAAGAGUGAAAUCAGCUCUUUGUGCUAGACAGUGGUAGCAGUACUAGUAGUGUGUGCGUGUGCAUGUCUGUGUUGGGCGCACUCUUAGCAAAAUAGGAAGUACAUGUACAUUUUGUGAGCUUAAAAGUUUAGACCAUCAGGCACUAAAAUGUAUGCACAUGAAUGUCUCAACCACUCCUUUCACCAAGCUAGGAAUGGAUUCUCUAGAAUUCCGGCACACUACGGGUCUCACUCGCUGACAGCAACCUACACUCAUGAAGUGCCACGCAGCAUUUGUGUUUGUGGCUCCUGUCACAAUUUGGAUUUAUUUUAAUGAUACUGACAAGCCCCAAUUACUGCCAGGGUAGACGGAUACAGCGCCCUGUGUCCUGCUCCACUACUACUACUAUCACCAUAUGGUCAACAUAAGUAAGCCUAUAUGCACCAAUUGCUGGGGAACAUGGGUGGGAGGGUGCUGUUGCACCAUGUCCUGCUUUGUUGGUCUCUGGCUGACAGCUGGGUGACCACUGUGUGAACAGAGUCCUGGACGAGAUGAACCCUCGGUCUAAUCCAACAUUUCUUACGUUCUCACAGCUGCCAUUGGUAAACCCCUGAGAAAACAAACUUAGGUUUACCAAUGGAGAUUUGUU